GUGAAAAAUUGCUAAUUUUCAGAUUUCAUGUUCGUCACAUUAUCCUACACAACGCACACAAUUAUCUCAAUAUCUCUACAUGUUUUCGGAGUAGUGGUUGGACUAUUCGUAUGGUAUUUAUUCCCGAAAAAUCCGACGCGCUCAAUUGUCCAACUCCCGUCAGAAAGAGUAGCUGUCUCGAUUGAAACUCCAAUAACUACAAGAAGUGAAAAACUGAAUGCCUACUCCCCGACAAGUUCUAAUAAUAAUUUUACGACGAAUGACGGCGGAAAAUUAAUCGAUUUUGAUGAUCAGCAUAUUCCACAGAUCUCAGCGAUUCGCCAAUUCGGUUAACUUCAAUCAUUAUUUUCUAAUCGGUUAGAAAAUUCAAUUAGAAUAUUAGAAUUUUAUGAAAUUGCGAAAAAUUAACCGAUGAUUUUUAAUGUAAAAAUUUUACGAGUAUACUAUAUUACAGUUUUUUUUUUAAUUUCAAUAAAUUUUAUAAAAUACAAA